AUGUACUGGGCAAGCGGAAUCGCGAAGGCAUUAGAAACUCGUCCAGUUGAAAGUUCUGGCGAUGACUUUCACCCAUCACGCGUGAUCAUAAGACUCAGGCGAAAUAAGGCUGGCAACUUAUUCAUUACUUUGACCAAAGAUUCAGUGCAGUUGUGGAGUGCUCGGCCUAUUGCUUUAAUAUCGCAAGUGUCUAGGACCGAUAAAUCUUUGGAAGAGUAUGGAGAAAAUGUAGACAUGUUUUGGAAACCCGACGGAAGUCUCAUCGUUGUUCAAACAAGUCAAAGUUGCUUGUUCACAUAUCAGAUUCUCCCAUUUGAUGAUAAAAGUUACAAGUACCAAUUUGGUCAAGUUUCGCAUCAUUACAUUACGGGAGCAGGAGAAGGUAAUGGGAUAAAAACUUUCUUGCUAAAGUUUAGAAUGACCAUCAGAAUAGAUGCUGGAAUGGAGGCCGGAAUAGGGACUGAUGAAUAUCUGAUUGUCACAACAAAGAAUCCUCCUGCGAUCCAGUGUAUACCUUGGAAUGGUGAACCAACCUCCACGAAAACGAACAUACUUUCUCGAUUGGAAUUUUUGGGACCAAAGAAAGUUAAUAUAAACCAUAUCGUAUUUGAUCGUCGAAUUAAUCUUCACGGAUGGAUUACUACGGAUGGCAGAGCUUACGCCGUGCAGUUUGACGAACAUCGACCUCCUUCGGACAGGAGUGCGAGAGUUCCCCCUGUAUAUUGGACGGGAUAUUGUUUUCACGCGAGUGGAGAUACGGAGAUCACACAGGAGAUCAGAUCCAAUUGCAUAGCUAUUAAUGCGAAAUUUUCUUUGUUGGCUGUAGGAACUCAAGGCGGCCAUGUAUAUGUUUACUUUGCAAAGAAUUAUAACGGAUCCAUUCAGCUUUCACAUAAAUUAUCCAUAACCGAGCACUUGGAGACAUCAUUGGAUAUCCUUUUUGAUAUUAUAAGUCCUGUCACAUCAUUAGCGUGGACAUCGGACGGUCACGCUAUCGCGGUGGGUUGGCAGAACGAAGGAAUGGCUGUUUGGAGUGUCUAUGGUAGAUUGUUGAUGACAAAUAUUAGAGACGAUUGGCCACGCACAAUGCCGAAUUCGGAAGAUUCUGUUGUACGUGGUGUCAUUGAUCUGUUUUGGAGCUCUGGAAAUUACGAACUCUUUUUUUUACAUGGCAAAAAGUCGGAAAAAGGUCAACUAUAUACUCUUCCAUUUGCGAAAUCAGCGGUCACGACGAUUCAUAGUCCAGUUGAGUUGCGUUUCUAUAAAUCUCGCUUCGAGGAUAACGCAAAGAGAGGAUUCUUGCAAAUGGAUGAUCGCCUCUUGCUUUAUCGCGGUGGUGACCAGGAAGACCUUAGUACAAUUAAUCCUGACACCAUAGUUUGGCAACAUAUUCCGAUACCAAUCAUGUAUAUUAGUGAUAAUUGGCCUAUAAAGUACGCCUCUAUAAGCGGGGAUGGCAGAUACAUAGCGAUCGCCGGGAGACGUGGGUUGGCUCAUUAUAAUGUUUCUUCUGGUCGUUGGAAGCUAUUUGGUAACCAACAGCAGGAACAGGAAUUUGCGGUUCGUGGAGGAUUGUUGUGGUUCAAGCAGAUCUUGGUCGCUUCUUGUGAAAACGUGCGAUCUCACACAUUUGAGAUACGCAUGUAUUCGCGUGAUACAAAUUUAGAUAAUAUGCACGUGAUACAAAUGAUCCUGAUACCUAGUCAUAUAUUAUAUUUAAGCAUAGUAGACAACGCUUUGCUUGUCUAUUGCGUCGAUAACAUGAUGUAUCAUUACCUCAUGUCCUCAUCACAAGAUGGUGCCGCUGGUGGGAGUAGAUCUAUCUCCGUUGAAUUAUGUCAGCAAAUUUCGUUUAUUGGUGUGAUUAAUGCUCCCGCUAGAGUGAGAUCCAUCUCGUGGUUCCAGCCAAAAUUACAUAGACCGUUCACCCCUGAAACCAUUCAGUCGGCUUCGAUAAUAUUUUUAAUAGAUGGAAAACUCGUCUUGUUGCAUCCUAAAAGGAGCGAUGAGGGAGAGGUGCAAUACGACCUUCACGUUCUUGCUGAUAAAAUUGAAUUUUACUGGAUGUCCACUCGUGGAAUAGGCAGUCUAAAAAAUUCUUUAUGGGCAUGCGAUGGUCAGGGAGUAAAGAUAUGGAUGAAUAUAUGGUCGAACGAAGAAACGGCAAAGGAUUGGCAGGACGACGUUUUAUUGUCCGCUACCAAGGAAUGCUUGCGUAUCACAUUAGAAUUUUAUCCUUUGUCUGUCUUGCUUGAUAAAGGUAUAAUUGUUGGCGUUCAACAGCAAACUUCCGUCUGGCAAUCACUCGAAUUUCCGGUCCUAAGGUUGAUGACUAACACCCAUCUAUUCCUACAACAUAUAUUGAGAUAUAUGCUGACCAAGGAGCUUGAGGAAGAAGCGGUGGCCUUUGCGACGAGUUACCAAAAAUUGGUCUACUUUGGACAUGCAUUAGAAAUGCUUUUGCAUCUUGUUUUGGAAGACGAAGCGGGACGCUCUGUUGGAACGGUGAAGUGUGCAGUGUUACCGCGUGUCGUGAAAUUCCUCAACAACUUUCCCCAUUCACUUAACGCCAUUGUCGGUUGUGCGCGUAAAACUGAAGUGGCGUUAUGGGAUUACCUGUUUUCCAUCGUCGGUAGCCCUAAAGAUCUGUUCGAGAAAUGCUUGUCCGCAGGACUGCUCAAGACUGCCACCUCAUACUUAUUGGUGCUUCAUACAUUGGAACCAUCGACCGAUAGUAGCAAGGACACUAUUCGAUUAUUAUCAAAGGCCAUGGACUCUGAAGAUUACGAGUUGUGUAAAGAACUUAUAAGGUUCUUAAAUUCCAUAGACGGUUCUGGCGAAACUCUUAAAGAAGCGCUGUCGACGAUCAAGCUUUCACCCUGA